CCGCUGGCACGCGCGACAUCGACUGCAAAGCAAACUGCGUUGCUCCGUUUUGGUUUUGCUUCCGGUGACUCAUUGGUGGGGGGCGAUCAAGUUAUCCGGCCGUGCUUUGGGAGCUGCCCACGUGCAAUAUGACAAUGGUCAGCGAACUCGCGCAUUUGUAAGCCUGUCGUCAGCGUUAAGUGUUCUCCUGAAACGCCAAACAACAGCGGGUGUUGCCGAUGGCUGCCAGCUGCAAAAUCGAAACCGCUGAUCACGUCGCGGUCGCCGUGCCGGUGUCGAGCAUCUGCAAGUACGUGAACAAAGCGUGCGAGAGAUCGAGCUGUUUGCGCGACGGGGAGGCGGCGUAUGAAGCCGGAGACGUUAUCGAGUGCUCGGUGGAGGCAAUCCGUGGUGACCGCGUCAGCAUCGAUGCCCGAGUGCUACACCCCAGCGGCCCCCUGAGCCCACCGCACAGGGUUGCGGUGACGCUCGAACAAAAUGAUGUGACAGAGGCCCUUUGCACUUGUAAAGCAGGCUACAAGUGCGGGCACGUGGUGGCCGUACUGCUGCACCUGCACGCACGACAACUGCUGGCCCAGCCAUCAGUGCAGUGCCAAGGGCCACAUGUGUCAGUGAAGAAAGAAGAACAGAACAAGAGAAACGAGUCUAAAGAAACCUUGGAUCUUCCUCGCAUUGACAAGCUCACGAUUGACGAUGCCCCAAGUGUGGCGGAUAUCUCAAGGAGGCCUCUCCGAAACCAUUUGCACAAGUCCACCCCUCCAGUGCCCACGAAACAUGCCCCUGAAUGUGUACAAAGGAGGCAACAAUCAAAAGAAGAAUCUCAACCCAGAGCUACACCAAACACACUGAAAGCUGCAAUCCGUGCCAUUGCAGACACGGCAAAGCAAGCCAAGAAAGAGCUGUCGGUGGAGCUCAUAUUCAAAAAACUCUGCGAGCAGCACUGUCACGAGGACGUUGAGACAAUCGAACGUGCCACCAGAGAGCAGAGCGGCAGCGAGCUUUGGUUGGAGCAUCGCGUCGGCAUGAUCACCGCAUCAGUUGCAUACAGCGUGUUUACACGCGUUAACACGAUUCGGACAAAGGCUGGCCCUCACGACUUGCGGCCGUUACUCAGGCUGCUCAUGAGGGAAACUCGCGUGAUGACCGAGGACAUGCAGAGAGGCAUCACUCUUGAGCCAAUUGCGAAAGAGGCAUACAGAAACCAGAACACACAUCACAAAGGCCUUCAACUUCACGACUGCGGCCUAUCCAUUCUUCGGGGCAAGCCGUUUAUUGGCGCGAGUCCUGACGCCAUCAUCACGUGCAAGUGUUGCUCUCCGAGGCUGCUCGAGGUGAAGUGCCCGAGAAGUUUGGAAAGGUUCGUGGAGACUGAGGUCGUUUGUCACGGGGGCAGAAUGCAGCUGAAGCAAAACAGCCGAUAUUUCUGUCAAACGCAGGUUCAGAUGGGGGUCGUGGAGCUUCCUUCGACUGAAGUCUUUGUGUACGUAAGCAGCACGGAAAACAUGACGCUGAGCGUCACUUUCUCGCAGGAAUACUUCGGUGAGGUGGUCGAAAGGGCGACAUUUUUUUUCAAGCGUUACGUAUUGCCUCACAUGCUUGAGUUGGCAGAGUAGAGGUGCUAUUUU